UGAGUGUGCUUUAUAUUUCUAAGUAUACAUGGUUAGUUACAAUGGUUAAAGAUACACAGUAGAUAUGGACCUACCCAGAGAAUACCAGGCCGAUGUUGUCAGAAGCUGGCUUCCAAAGCUGAGUCAGACAACUGGCCUGUGUCUCUUUUCUGAUGGUGUUGUCUAGGGGCCCAGCAAAAAUCCAUCCCAACCUGUAAUGUUUGGUAUUGUUUAUGUGUAUGACACCUGGGAUGGCCUAUAGACCAGUGAGUAGGACAUCUACUUUGGAUGGAAAAAGUUCCUGGUUUGAACCCAGACAUCUUCAGGCAAGACGAGGAAAGAACCUCCCUGAAAACCUGGGGAGUUCCCAUUAGUCAGUAUCAACAGAUAACCCCAUGUUCUGAGUCAAUGAAAGAAAGUUUCCUAUGUUCUUAAUAGGGAUAUAAUGAUGGACAGAGACAAAAUGGGUUCUGCCAAUGGACUUCUUGCCUCCUCUUGACAAUGGAUAGUAAUAACAGUGCUGCCGUGAAGGCUUCCCUCUCAAAUGCAGACCUUUCUGCCUUCUCCAGUUAGGGCAGCGGUGAAAUGGGUUCUAUGCAGAUCGGUAAGGAGAGUUAACUAAGACUGGGACUUCCUUCAUCAUUAUGUGUUGUCAGUGAAGUGGAUUUUUCCUUUCUUUUUAGACAUAUUGAAAUCCUACUGCUUCUUAAUGUUCUGUGUGUCAAAGAAGAGUUCCAAGCAAAGAUGUGUGGCUAGUUUUUGCAUUCGAAUUGUGGAAGAGAUUGUCAAAUCUUAAUAUCACAGGAGUGUGCUAUUUGUUACUUCAGACCAGCUGAUAUGCAAAGAAAAAUGUUAAUUACAGGGUUUGGGAACUUGUUGUUCAUUUAAGCAGCUAUGGUCAGAAGAACAGGUUUUACCACCGAGGGUGGACUUUGAUUAUUCACAUCGGGAGCUUGAAAAAAAGGCAGCACUGUAUUUUCUAAUAUUUAUCUGCACAAUUUUAAAAACAUGUAUGUUUGGGAUCUACAAUGUGAGGGAGUUAGUUGAGCUUAAGUGCCACUGAAAUGAAUAGAAUUUAAGUUAGUAAUUGCUAGCUUGCCCCCAGCAACUAACCUGCUUUGAAUCUGGGCAAAUGCAUUUUAUCUUCUACUCUUGAAUGGAGUCUUUUGUUUUAUGUUGUGGCCUGAUUACAAGACUUGCUAUUCCAACAGAAAAGGCCUAAGGAAGUAUGUGAGUUCUUAACUGUUGUACCAGCAGGAUGCUACAUCAGCAUCUUAACUAGAUAGGGUGGGCCAUAUAAUAUGGGCUUAAAUAAAUGCGCUUUUCUUAUUGUGGUCGUCAAUCAGAUUAUCUGACAUGCUGCUCUGUCAUCUCAUUCCUUCCCUCAGGACAAGGUGGAUUUCAGUAGCCCUGUGGAGGCAGCUAGCCUGGAAGGGGCUAUCUCAGCUGAAACCCUGAGUGAGAACUGAUGGCAGGCUAGUGCCACACCUUUGGUUGACAAUGGUUGACACAGAAAUGCCGUUUUGGCCCAUGAACUUUGGAAUCAGCCCUGUGGACCUUUCUGCCAUGGACGACCACUCCCAUUCCUUUGACAUAAAGCCCUUUACCACAGUUGAUUUUUCUACUCUUUCUUCACCACAUUAUGAGGACCUUCCUCUUGCAAGAACUGACCAGAUGGCCAUUGACUACAAAUACGAUAUGAAGUUUCAAGAGUGCCAAAAUGCUAUCAAGAUGGAACCUCCUUCUCCACCAUACUACUCAGAAAAAGUUCAGAUGUACAAUAAACCUUAUGAAGAAACUUCAAAUUCCCUGAUGGCUAUUGAAUGCCGAGUGUGUGGAGACAAAGCUUCUGGGUUUCAUUACGGGGUACAUGCAUGUGAAGGCUGCAAGGGUUUCUUUCGCAGGACAAUACGAUUAAAGUUAAUCUAUGAUCGGUGUGAUCUCAACUGCCGCAUCUAUAAGAAAAGCAGAAAUAAAUGUCAAUACUGCAGAUUUCAGAAAUGCCUUGCAGUUGGAAUGUCACAUAAUGCUAUCAGGUUCGGGCGAAUGCCACAGGCAGAGAAGGAGAAGCUGCUGGCGGAGAUUUCAAGUGACAUCGACCAGCUGAACCCCGAGUCUGCUGAUCUGCGAGCCCUUGCCAAGCUCUUGUAUGAUUCAUACAUCAAGUCCUUCCCUCUGACCAAAGCCAAGGCGAGGGCAAUCUUGACAGGAAAGACAACAGACAAAUCACCAUUUGUCAUUUAUGACAUGAAUUCCUUAAUGAUGGGAGAAGAUCAGAUCAAGUGCAAACAUUUGGCCCCCAUGCAAGAGCAGAACAAAGAGGUGGCCAUCCGCAUCUUCCAGCGAUGUCAGUUUCGCUCAGUGGAGGCUGUUCAGGAGAUCACAGAAUUUGCCAAAAACAUUCCAGGCUUUGUGAAUCUAGACCUGAAUGACCAAGUAACGCUUCUGAAAUAUGGUGUCCAUGAGAUCAUCUAUACACUCCUGGCCUCCAUGAUGAACAAAGAUGGUGUUCUCAUAUCCGACGGACAAGGAUUCAUGACUCGGGAGUUCCUGAAGAGUCUCCGGAAACCCUUUUGUGACUUUAUGGAGCCCAAGUUUGAGUUUGCUGUCAAAUUCAAUGCACUGGAAUUAGAUGACAGCGAUCUGGCAAUAUUUAUAGCUGUCAUUAUUCUCAGUGGAGAUCGCCCUGGAUUACUGAAUGUGAAGCCCAUUGAAGAUAUUCAAGACAAUUUGCUGCAAGCUUUAGAACUCCAGUUAAAGCUGAAUCACCCGGAGUCGUCACAGCUGUUUGCAAAAUUGUUGCAGAAAAUGACAGACCUCAGACAAAUUGUAACAGAACAUGUGCAGCUGUUGCAAAUUAUAAAGAAAACGGAGACAGAUAUGAGCCUUCAUCCACUCCUGCAAGAAAUUUACAAGGACUUAUAUUAAGGGCCAUAGAAUGUUUAAUCCAUUGGCAUCAUGUCUGUUCCUCAAAUUGCACUAUUUCUUUGAGAGGGAAACUAUUACAUACCAAAGAAAUUACUGUGAAGAAAACAUUUAAUAAGAGACAGAGCUUUACUAUUACAGAUCUAUUUUAUGCAUAUUGUUUAUAAAGACACAUUUACAUUUACUUUUAAUAUUAAAAAUGUCUAUCUCA